AUGUGUGGUGUGUUUGUAGGAACUUGGAAGCUCAGCUCCAGUGAAAAACUUGAUGACUAUAUGAAAGAGUUGGGUGUGGGUUUAGCCACCCUAAAACUAGGUAGUCUGACAAAACCCAGUGUGAUCAUCAGCACUAAUGGAAAUGUGAUAACCAUUAAGACAAAGAGCACUUUCGAAAAUACUGAGACUUCCUUCAAAGUGGGAGAGGAGUUUGAGGAAACCAUAGUGGAUAACAGAAAAGCCACGAGUCUUGUGACCUUGGAUGAGGGCUCAUUGAUUCAGGUGCAAAAGUGGGAUGGAAAAGAGACUACAAUGAAAAGGAAAAUAAUGGAUGGGAAAGUGGAAUGUACCAUGAACAAUAUCAGCUGCACUACAGUAUAUGUAUAUGAGAAAGUGAGAGACUCCUAAUUCCUACAUACUGACCUGGAAGCUUCCCCUGAGAGAGCUCUGUGCAAUCUUCUGUUCUCUCGAGCCUGUCU